AUAGUCCUAUGAGGGGUUAUUCCAUCUCUAUCUCUUUUUCUCCCUCUCUUAUCUGCUCUGACAGAACAAGUACACACUUUUUUCAGGUGCUGUCAGCCUGUGACUACCUGUGACUGAGAUCAUGCACACCAAGGAAAACUCAUGCUGUUGCUCUUUUGAUGACUGCAAACUGACUACAGAAUGGCUGCUGAGCAGGACGAGACACAGGCCAAAGAUAGCUAUCGUGUGUGGCUCUGGACUGGGUCUUCUCGCAGACAAUGUCUCAAAUAAACAGACCUUCCGCUAUGAGGACAUUCCCAAUUUCCCAGUGAGCACAGUUCCUGGUCAUGAAGGGUGCCUGGUGUUUGGUCAGAUCAAAGGCAAGUCGUGUGUCUUCAUGCAAGGAAGAUUUCAUCUCUACGAGGGUUACUCAUUGUGUAAGGUUACAUUCCCCAUGCGGAUCUUUAAGUUGAUGGGUGUGGAGACCAUCGUCGUAACAAACGCCUCUGGAGGACUUUGUCAGGAUUUCAAAGUGGGAGACAUCAUGGUCAUUAAAGACCAUAUUAACUUGCCGGGGUUUGCUGGACAGCACCCGCUGUGUGGGCCCAAUGAUGAACGAUUUGGGAUUCGGUUUCCUUGCAUGUCUGAUGCUUACAGCAAAGACCUGAGGAAACUAGUUUUGGACAUCACUUCUGAGCUGGGCUACUCUAAUUUUGUGCAUGAGGGGGUCUACUGUAUGGUUAGUGGACCCAACUUUGAGACCAUCGCUGAAGCACGCAUGCUGCAUAUCUUAGGGAGCGACUCUGUUGGCAUGAGCACGGUUCCUGAGGUGACAGUAGCCAAGCAUUGCGGACUCCGGGUCCUGGGUCUCUCGCUCAUCACCAACAAGGUUUCUCUGGACUACAGCCGCGAGGAGAAGGUGAAUCACGAGGAGGUGCUGCAGAUCAGCAAGAUGAGAGCUGAGAUGCUGCAGAACGUGCUCUUAACCUUCAUCGCUCGCUCUCAUCAAGUGGAGACCAUCAACAACAGCAAUUGCAUAUAUUCAAAUGCCAUGUAGGGUCAAUCAAACCAGCUGAAUUGAGGGCACUAUGGAAGUCACAUAAAUGUAUACUAGAUCUUAAAGGCUCCAUGUUAUGAAUAGCCUUUUUAAUCUGGUUGGUUGACAAUUUACAAUGUCAGACCUCACUGUGCCUUUGUGGACAAUGUAUUUGAUUUUGAGAAGGUGAUUUUUGUGUUGUUACACUAUUGUAAAAUGCAAAAAAUUAACAAUGUAAAUAAAUCUCUCUCAGUUAAAAUGA